AUGUCGACAACGGUGGACAAGAUCAAGGAGAUCGAGGCCGAAAUGGCCAAGACUCAGAAGAACAAGGCGACGUCCUUUCACCUGGGUCAGCUGAAGGCCAAACUGGCCAAGCUUAAGCGAGAGCUGCUCACGCCAUCGUCCGGUGGUGGCGGCGCCGGCGCGGGCUUCGAUGUGGCCAGGACGGGUGUUGCCAGUGUUGGAUUCAUCGGCUUCCCUUCCGUAGGAAAGAGUACCUUGAUGAGCCGGCUCACAGGACAGCAUUCCGAGGCUGCAGCGUACGAGUUUACGACACUGACCUCGGUGCCUGGCCAAGUCGUCUACAAUGGUGCUCCUCUACAGAUCAUUGAUUUACCAGGUAUCAUCGAGGGUGCCAAGGACGGUCGUGGCCGUGGUCGUCAAGUUAUCGCGGUGGCGAAGACGUGCCAUCUCAUCUUCAUCGUCCUCGACGUCAACAAGCCGCUGACGGACAAGCGUGUCAUUGAGACGGAACUCGAGGGCUUUGGCAUCCGUAUCAACAAGUCUCCUCCCAACAUUACAUUCAAGAAGAAGGAGAAGGGCGGCCUCAACAUUACAAACACAGUGCCUCUGAACAACAUCAGCCACGAAGAGAUCAAGGCUGUCAUGAACGAGUACAAGAUCAACUCUGCGGAUAUCUCUAUUCGAUGCGACGCCACCAUCGACGACGUCAUUGAUAUUCUAGAAGCCAAGAGCCGGAGUUACAUCCCCGUUGUCUACGUCCUCAACAAGAUCGAUGCCAUCAGUAUCGAGGAGCUCGACCUUCUGUACCGUAUCCCUAACGCUGUCCCGAUUAGCUCAGAGCACGGGUGGAAUGUCGACGAACUGAUGGAAGCGAUGUGGGACAAACUGAACCUCGUGCGCGUUUACACGAAGCCAAAAGGAAGGAUGCCAGAUUACAGCCAGCCCGUUGUGCUUCGGUCGAACAGGUGCACUGUCGAGGAUUUCUGCAACGCCAUUCACCGAAGCAUCGUUGAGCAGUUCAAAAACGCUAUUGUGUAUGGCAAAUCUUGCAAGCACCAACCUCAGCGUGUUGGUCUGUCCCACGAGCUAGCUGAUGAGGACAUUGUGACGAUUGUUAAGCGUUGA